AUGGCCCGGGACGCGCGCCUUGUGUUGGUCCUGAUCGGCUUCACGGCCUGCUGCCUCGUCGCGACGUCGUGGGCGCAGCCGGCGGAGGUGAAGGUGGGGCUCAUCAUCGACGCCGACUCGCCAGUGGGCAAGAUCGCAACAACCACCAUCCCCAUGGCUCUCGAGGACUUCUACGCCGCCUUCCCCAACUCCACCGCUCGGCUUAAGAUCAUGCAGUACAAUUCCAGUGCAGACGUCGUCAUCGCCGCGUCCGCCGGUAUGCUGAUGACGACGCAGGGAGCCCGUGCUAUCCUCGGCCCGCGGUCGUCGGUCGAGUCGGCGUUCGUCGCCGACCUCGCCACCCACGCCGAGGUCCCCGUGGUGUCCUUCUCCGCCACGAGCCCCUCCGUGUCUCCCACCGCGGCGCGCUUCUUCUCCCGCGCCGCGCACAGCGACGCUGACCAGGCCGGCGCCAUCGCGGCGCUCGCCACGCUCUUCGGCUGGCGCCGCGUGGUGCCCAUCUACCAGGACGACGACUACGGCGUGGCGUUCCUCCCCUUCCUGGUGGACGCCCUCGCAUCCGCGCGCGCCGAGGUCCCCUACCGCUGCGCGCUCUCGGCGGCCACGUCCCCGGACGCCGUGGCUGCGGAGCUAUACCGCCUGGAGUCCGAGCAGACCCGCGUGUUCGUGCUUCACACGCGCCACCAGCUCGCGCGCCGUGUGUUCGCCGCCGCCCUCAAGGCCGGCAUGACAGGGGAAGGCUACGUGUGGGUCAUCACCGAUGGGCUCACAGGCCUCCUCGGCUCCGUCCAGCCGCCUCAGGGUGUCAUCGGGCUUGCCCCGUACGUGCCUACCACGCCACGGCUGCGGGACGUCAAGAAGCGGUGGGCACACCGGUACAUGCGCGACCACCCGGACGGCGAGCUCUCGCACGCCAUUAUAGGCUGCUACGCCGUCUGGGCCUACGACGCCGCGUGGGCCGUGGCCUCGGCGGCAGAGCGACUCAGCGCCACCGACUUAUCGUCGCCACCCGGGCUGGUAGGAGGCACGGACGGCGACAAUGACAUCUCGGGGCUCGGCAAGUCUAGAUCAGGCAAAAGCUUCCUCCGAGCUCUCAGCGGCACCAAAUUCGAGGGUCUCGGCGGCAGGUUCGAGCUCGUCGACGGCGAGCUUGUAGUACCGGCCUACCGCGUGUUAAACAUCAUAGAAGGCGGAAAGGAGAGGGGCAUCGGGUUCUGGUCACCACGGUUCGGGCUUAGCCGGCACAUCAGCCGGCGUUCCGACAUCCCGGGCGGCGAGCUCGCGCCGGUGAUCUGGCCCGGAGAGUCGGCGGUGCAGCCAAGUGGAUGGGUGCAGCCAACGAGCGCGAGAAAGCUGCGGGUGGCGGUGCCGGGGUAUGUCUCGGCGAGCUACCGUGCGAUCGUGCACCUUGACGUGGACCCCGUCACCAACCAGACGACGGCCGGCGGGUUCGUCAUCGACGUGUUCGAGGCUGCGGUGCGGCUGCUGCCCUACGCGCUGCCGUUCGAGUACGUCAAGGCCAAGUCUCAGCCCUACGACACGCUAGUCCACGCGGUUCAAAAUGGGGCUCACAUGGUGAUCAAGAUGCUUCUGAUCUUCGUGCUGGUGCUGAUGGACUUCUGCGCUUGGCCGGUGCGGCUGAAACUGGAAACUCUUCCUCUAGAAGUGCUGGAUGUGUUGGACAACUUCGCCUGGAAGAUACAAAGUUGGAGGGCGCAAGCGAUGACAAAAUUAUUUGAUGACUCGCUGAAGAAAAAAGAUGUCUGA